GCUGUGAAUAUAAAUAGUACUUAUGUUUGAAAUUAGAGGGCUUUAUAUGUAUUGAAUGAAUCAAUAUUUGUCACAUUAUUUACAAUCACUUAACUGAUCCAAUAGUCAUCACAAUGGAUGAGACUUACGUCAGAUUAUCCCAACUUUUUGACAAAGGAUUUGACAUUAGCCGACAUAUUAAGGACUCUUCUCUGGCCACUAAUGACCACAAAUUUCAAGAGAAAGUAUAUGAAGGCAUCAAAUCACUAGAAGAGGCCACACGACUGGUCAAUCAGUUGUCUUUGUUUAGUACUAAUGAAUCAGUUGAAGAGAUUGCCACCAAAAAUGUUAAAUACCUGUUACUGCCGGCACUUUUAGCUGAUCUGACACUUAUGACAAUCAAGUUUGACAGACACGAGAUCUUAAACACUGCUGAAACUUAUUAUAAGGAUUUCAUUCAACGUCUUAAUGACUAUCAAAUCUGUAACAUUGAGGUCAAACACAAUGACAUUGUCAGCGAUGAUAAUAAAGAUGAGAAAGCAUCGACUUCUUCAGUGAUGGCAUCACUUGAUUCAGCCGUUCGUAAUAGAAAUGCAAAGAUUAAAAGAUUUAAUGCAAAUAAAGAAAUGGAUAAUAAAUUGAAUGAAAUGAGACAAAGGAUAUCACAAACAGAUGACGAUAACGUUGACGACGAGAUUCUUAGAGAGUAUUACUUAGUUUUAAUAAAGCGUUGGAUUAAUAAAUCAUUUGAAGAACUUUAUAAUAUUGAGACCGAAAAACCAAUUGUUGAACAUUUGAAGAAAAUGAAGUCAACGGACAGUGAAGAUAAACUGAAUGCUCGCAAAGCAAAUACUAACAAAUCUGAGACUAAAUUAAAACCAAUUAUAAUAACUAGAAAUGAAUUUCAAAAGAAGGUCUAUGGCUUAGGAUAUCCGAGUAUACCUACUGUUAGUGUCGAUGACUUUAUUACCGAAAAAAUUAAAGAAGGAAGUCUUGAAAUCAAUGAUAAAAAUCCAGUAUAUAAUAAUAGUCUUCUGAAUUGGGCGGAGAAUCCGGAGAAAAAAUUGGCUGAAGACGAGACAGAAGAGGAAAGAAAAGAGAAACUGAUUGAAGUCGACGACACUAACAAUAUUAGGAGAGCCAGAGAUAUGGAUGAUUGGAAAGACGUUCACAAACGAGGAGAAGGAAAUCGGAAAAAUAUGGGUUAAACUAUGGUAUUUCUACAGUAAAUCAUAACUAUUUAAUAAAUCUAAUAUUUCAGUGAUAUUUCAUUUAUUUUUGUAAUUUAAAUUUGUUUUAAUUGAAAAUUAAUGUGAAUAAUGUGACUCAUAUCAUAUGUAAACAAAAUAUCAAUAAAGCAAUUACUUAAACAAUU